AUGGGCUUCAUCUCGUUCGUCGGCCGGGUGCUCUUCGCCUCCCUCUUCCUCCUCUCCGCCUACCAAGAGUUCAUUGAAUUUGGAAAUGACGGUGGACCUGCAGCGAAGACCUUGAAGCCAAAGUUCAAUCUCUUCGUCAAGCUAGUGUCCAAGAAUACCGGAUUGGGGGUGCCGCAUAUUGAUAUAAAAACUGUCAUUGCUGCUGCCAUGUUUCUUAAAGGCUUUGGUGGUCUUCUGUUCAUAUUCAGUAGCUCAUUUGGAGCAUUCCUCCUGCUCAUUUACUUGGCGUUUAUAACCCCUAUCAUGUAUGACUUCUACAACUAUGAAAUGGAGUCAGCGCAGUUUGUCCAGCUUUUUUUCAAGUUCACUCAGAACUUGGCGUUUAUCGGUGCCCUGCUUUUCUUCCUGGGGAUGAAGAACUCGAUUCCAAGAAGGCGCUCCAAGGGAAGGACAACAAAAACCAAGACAAACUGA